GUUUCUGUGUUUGUGUUCGUGCACAAAAUCUUCCCGUUCCGUCACAGAAAAAUAGCCAGCAGCUUUCGUUCGGAUUGUGCAGUGAUAAAUAAUUUGAUUAAGUGCAUCGUUCGAGACCGAUUACCGUCCAGAACCAGCAAAACCAGUUGCAUUUAGCUCGUCCUCAAACGCUCACGAUUCUUAAAUAAUGUCUGCUCCAGAAGGAACAUCAAACGGUUUUCCUAAAUUACCACCCCCGCCGACCGGUAGCACCCAGCCGACCGGAAGCGCCAACAAUGCCACCGGCAACCGGCUGCAGCAGACGCAGGCCCAGGUCGACGAGGUGGUCGGCAUCAUGCGCGUCAACGUGGAGAAGGUGCUCGAGCGGGACCAGAAGCUGUCGGAACUGGAUCACCGGGCCGACGCGCUGCAGCACGGAGCUUCGCAGUUCGAGCAGCAGGCCGGCAAGCUCAAGCGGAAGCAGUGGUGGGCCAACAUGAAGAUGAUGAUCAUCAUGGGCAUCAUCGGGGUGGUUCUGCUGAUUAUCAUCAUCCUUUCUAUAAUUUACUAGACCUUUUCCAGUAGCAACAAGGUCCCCUCCAUACUUCAAAAAUGAAAUUGAAAACACCAACCGCUCUCGUCCCGCCCAUUGACGAUAAAAAUCUUCACUCAGAUAUUUAGCAUUAUGCGCCGUUUUGAAAGCAAUUCUAAAGAAGAAAAAUCGGACCCAUCUAUCGUCACGUUUCUAUCCACGAGGAAAAAGCAACAAAAUAUCCACAGCAAAAUAAAUAUAAUCCUUCGUCGUUAUCACUCUAAACACCCACGGGUAGACUCUUGUCCUUGUCUUGUCACGAUAGCAGCAAAGAGGAGGACGUUGCUUUUGUUACUGCACAAACUCCGAGGCAAAGGGAAAAUAUCCUCUUUGAAGAUGAUGGCACAGAAUCGCGUAUACUCUCGAAUGUAGGAAAUAACGAAAAUUCACCAGUCCCACUCCAUAUCCUUUCCUCUCUUCUGCUAGCUCCACUCAAUGGCGGAUAUCACAACACUACGAUCCUUGUUUCCACCACCCAUUCUCCCUUUCGACAUUCCACCCGAUUAGAUAGUGGUUUCCCUAGCAGAGCUGCAGCAGUAGAGUUUCGUCGUUCCGAUUUAGGUCGAACGCAGGAGUACACGUCCUGUUCAAAACAGUUUAGACCUGCCUGUUUCCGGCUUGGAUGUGGUUAGGGUGUAAGUAAGUAAUGCCUAUGCAAUCGCGCACACACAGAGUUUACAGACCGUAGGUCGAACUAUUAUUCAACUUAUCACAACAGAAUAUCUUCGGUAUCGUUAGGAAACCAGAAAAGAAAAUCUUCGCUUUUUGUAGACUUUUAUGUAAUUGUUAUACAUACAAAAAUAAUAUUACCAUUUAUUAUAUAUUAAAACUAAUUAUAUGAUAUAUUGUAAACCGAA